UCCGGGGCGGCUGCGUUCUGGGCGAGCCGACGAGAAGACCGCUUGUCUGGGAAAAAAGAUUGUCUCGUGGUCUCCGUAUAAACAUUUCUUCUUCGUAGGCUUUUUCGUACAUACAACAAAUUAACAAUUGCACGCACAAAAGCACGUUUCGGUUGGUUCCCCGAAUCUUAAAGGAGAAUGGCUGCUGCUGAGGUGAAUGGGAGUUCUGCUCCAGCGAAGGAGGAAGAAGAACCCAUGGAUGUGACAGCAACACACACUGAAAAUUACCAAGCGCUCAUUGAUGCAGGGCUGCCUCAGAAAGUGGCUGAAAGUCUAGAUAACAUCUUCCAGACAGGUUUGGUGGCCUAUGUUGACCUGGAUGAGAGGGCUAUUGAUGCUCUGCGAGAGUUCAACGAAGAAGGAGCGCUUACUGUGCUGCAGCAAUUCAAAGAGAGCGACCUGUCUCAUGUGCAGAAUAAAAGUGCAUUCCUGUGUGGAGUCAUGAAGACAUACAGACAGAGAGAAAAACAAGGAAACAAGGUGCAAGAAUCCACCAAGGGACCAGAUGAGUCAAAAAUCAAGACUUUGUUGGAUAGGACAGGAUACACUCUGGAUGUGACUACGGGGCAGCGUAAAUAUGGAGGCCCACCACCUGAGAAGAUAUACACAGGCUUACAACCAGGAAUUGGAACAGAGGUGUUCGUUGGAAAAAUCCCAAGGGAUUUGUAUGAAGAUGAGCUCGUGCCUCUCUUUGAGUCUGCUGGACCUAUCUGGGACCUCAGAUUAAUGAUGGACCCCUUGUCUGGUCAAAACAGAGGUUAUGCUUUUAUCACAUACUGCAAUAAGGACGAUGCACAAAAGGCUGUGAAGCUUUGUGAUAACCAUGAAAUCCGCCCUGGCAAGUACUUGGGGGUUUGUAUAUCUGUUGCAAACAAUCGCUUAUUUGUUGGGUCAAUUCCAAAGAACAAGACAAAAGAAAGUAUCCUGGAAGACUUCGGCAAAGUGACAGAGGGUCUGCAAGACGUGAUAUUGUAUCACCAGCCUGAUGACAAGAAGAAGAACCGUGGUUUUUGUUUCCUAGAGUAUGAGGACCACAAAUCUGCAGCACAGGCCCGUCGCCGCCUAAUGAGUGGGAAGGUUAAAGUUUGGGGGAACCCUGUCACGGUGGAUUGGGCUGACCCUGUUGCAGAACCUGACCCAGAAGUCAUGGCCAAAGUGAAGGUGCUUUUUGUAAGAAAGCUGGCUACAACUGUGACUGAAGACCUUCUUGAGAAGACCUUCUCUCAGUUUGGAAAGCUGGAACGAGUGAAAAAGUUGAAAGACUAUGCUUUUGUCCAUUUUGAAGAUAGGGAUUCUGCUGUAAAGGCUAUGGAUGAGAUGAAUGGAAAGGAGGUAGGAGGAGAGGAAAUAGAGAUUGUUUUGGCAAAGCCCCCAGACAAGAAAAGGAAAGAGCGCCAAGCAGCUCGGCAGACGACCAGAGGUGGCGGGUAUGACGACUACUACUAUUACCCACCUCCUCGCAUGCCACCACCAAGCCGAGGAAGGGGUCGUGGUGGCAGGGGGGGCUAUGCCUAUCCCCCUGAUUACUAUGGCUAUGAGGACUACUAUGAUGAUUAUUAUGGCUAUGACUAUCAUGACUACCGUGGUGGCUAUGAGGACCCUUACUAUGGCUAUGAAGAUGUGUAUAGCAUGAGGAGCCGUGGCACUCGCCCCAGUAGGGGUGGGCCUCCACCACUUAGAGCACGCGGGGCUCCGCCAUCACGAGGCCGAGGUGGCUUUGCCCAAAGAGGGCCACCCCUUGGUGGUCCGCGAGGUGCUCGAGGAGGCCGGGGAACCCCUUUCCAGCCUCAGAGGGGCCGUGGUCCUCGUGGUGCCAGGGGCAACCGCGGGGGGAACGUUGGCGGAAAGAGGAAGGCAGACGUGUUUAACCAGCCAGACUCCAAGCGCCGCCAGACCAACAACCAACAGAACUGGGGGUCCCAGCCCAUCGCCCAGCAGCCCCUGCAGCAGGGGGCCGACUAUUCCGGUAACUAUGGUUACAGUAAUGACACCAUGGAGUUUUCACAGGAUUCUUAUGGGCAACAGUGGAAGUAGAUGCACCAAAAGGUAUUGGCAACAACAACAAAAAAAAGAGGAAAACAACAAUAUAAAGAAAAAAAAUGAGAUUGGCCACAAUUUUUUGAUUGACUUUUUAUUCUUCUUAUUCUUCAUCUCUUGUGAAAAAAAAAUAUCUGUAUGUAUCUCAGAAAAAAUGGACAGACUGCAGAAUUGGCUCAAGAUGAUUGGCUGGAAAUCCUUUUGGCUGAAGAAAUGACCGUAACUGUUGUGGUGAAUCAUUUCUUCCUCCUACAGUUACAUUGGGACGUGUGUUUAAAAAAAAAAAAA